AUGGGUAAGUUUGUAGUGGCUAAUCUCUUGAUCUUGCUCUUGAACUUGGGAGCUAUACUCUCAUCUCUUGCUUGUCCCUACUGCCCACACCCUAAACCUCCUCCUAAACCAAAACUUUGCCCUCCACCCAAACCUCCGAAGGUCAAGCCACCAUCAGUGCCCAAACCUCCGGUUAGCCCACCCCAUGUGCCUAAGCCACCAUCACCCCCUAAACCUCCAAAGCCACCACAUAAGCCUCCUGUCAGCCCACCUUAUGUGCCUAAGCCACCACCUUAUUCUCCAAAGCCUCCACCUUAUGUGCCUAAGCCACCACCUUAUUCUCCAAAGCCACCAGUUGUCAGCCCUCCUUAUGUGCCUAAGCCACCACCUUAUUCUCCAAAGCCACCAGUUGUCAGCCCACCUUAUGUGCCUAAGCCACCACCUUAUUCUCCAAAGCCUCCACCUUAUGUGCCUAAGCCACCACCUUAUUCUCCAAAGCCACCAGUUGUCAGCCCUCCUUAUGUGCCUAAGCCACCACCUUAUUCUCCAAAGCCUCCACCUUAUGUGCCUAAGCCACCUCCUUAUGUGCCUAAGCCACCACCUCCACCUUAUGUGCCACAACCACCUCCCUAUGUAACACCACCAUCUCCACCAACAGUGCCUCAGCCACCUCCAUAUGUAACACCACCAUCUCCACCAACAGUGCCACAGCCACCUCCCUAUGUAACACCACCCUCUCCACCAACAGUGCCUACGCCGGUACCAAUGCCGCCACCCUCAGGAACUCCAUGCCCACCACCACCACCACCACCAGCACAACAAACAUGCCCCAUUGACACACUCAAGCUAGGGGCAUGUGUGGAUUUAUUGGGUGGUCUAAUUCAUAUUGGGAUCGGCCCCAGUACUAAGGAUACUUGUUGUCCAGUGCUUCAAGGACUUGUUGACCUAGAUGCUGCUGUGUGUCUUUGUACAACAAUCAAGAUCAAGCUUCUCAACAUUAAUAUCAUCUUACCCAUUGCUCUUGAGGUCCUCAUUGAUUGUGGCAAAACUCCACCUCCAGGAUUCCAGUGUUCUGCAUGAGCUAGCUAGUUUCACUCCAAUUAAUCUCAGGUGAUC